CUACGUCAUGUGGCAAGCUUCUACUAUAUAAGAACACUAGAGACCUCUGCCAUUAUUCGAGAAAAAAACAAACAGUUUCACAGCAAGAAUGAAUAGCAGAGCAAUCUUUCUUCUUCUCCUUCUCCUCUCUUUCCACGCAUCUGCGAUGUUGCCUGCUGGUAAAUGGAGUCCCAUCAGCAACGUUAAGGAUCCUCACGUCGUAGAGGUAGGCAAAUUUGCUGUUUCCGAGUACGACAUGGAAAGUAAGUCGGAACUUAAAUUCGUUGCUGUUGUUAGCGGUGAGUCUAAGGUAGUCGCUGGCACUAAUUACCGGCUUAUUGUGGCGGUUAAUGACGGUGUAGCCGGCCCAGGUGCGAGCAAGAACUAUGAGGCGAUUGUAUGGGAGAAACAAUGGUUAAAAUCAAUGAAUCUCACAUCCUUCAAGCCCGUCGUUUGAUGGUCAUGUCCUCUUUGUUUUUCAUGUAAUCGAUCGAUCUCAUGAAACAGCAAACAAAAAAGAUUGAAUAAACAAAAAAGAAGUGAAUGUCAGUUUUAUGUGUUGUCCGGUUUUAAUGUUUCAUGUUGUUGGGGGUGAAGAAAGAGUCUGAAUGUCUGAUGCACAUGAAGAAAUGAUAGUAUACCGAUUGAACAAGUGGUGAUACAUCCGCUAACUAUGCCGACUAAUCUCCUAGAUUAGGGGGUCACGAGACUGUUAACAGAUGUAUCACUAAAUUUAGUUAUUUAAUUAAUGCAUUAAUAAACUCUUUUUGGUAAAAAAAUUACAAGGUGAUAACAAACAUGUG